AUGUCCGCUCCAAGGCGCUUGCUGCCCCAAGCCAGGCGCCUCGGUCUGGCUUUGAGGCCCAAGGCAGCGCAGGCGCAGUCCAAGUGCCCGUACUGCUCCCUUGCGCCAGCGUCCCGCCCGUUGAUCCGAUCCCACCGCGACGAAACCGCUCGGAGACACCAAUCCACGUCCUCGCCCUCCUCGAACCCGCGCCAAGAGCUCGAACAUGCCCUCACCGAGCUCCAAAACCAUGCGCCCUCACUGGUCGACGCCUCGAGACUCCAGCUAGCCCUCCAGGGAUUGAGGCAUUCUGCUGGUACCGAAGCUGUACGGAUAGCCAUUCUUGGCCUUGGGAACGAGAGCAGCUCCACCAGCACUGCCAAACGCCUCUUGCGUGUGCUGCUAGCUGAUCCUCUGGUAGAUCAAGAGGCGUGGGAGCGGGAGCUGGAUACCUACGAUGUAAACCAACCACUCAUUGUGCGAAUCCAGCAGGGCGACGUCAAGAGCGGCUUGACCAUGGAGCGGCACGCUUCGCUAAACGAGAUGACAAUAUCUUCACCGACUCUCAACGGAUCCAACCUCGAGCUUCUGUUGAUGGAUACAGUGCUUCCUAUGUUGCCCCCGGAGGGAGCAUCAGCUUCUUCGGUAGAGAGCAGCAUUCUCAACCCUGUCGUCGAUAUCCCCAUCGGCGAAGAUCGAUAUUCCCAGGUCGAAACUCCAGUUCAUAAGACUAUUCUAAUCACCGAUGGCUUCUCGGGUGCAGUUUCUGUAUCAGCAGCAUUUGGGAAAGCGCUUGAUAAUAUUGAAUCUGUGAUCGCGGCGACAAACAUUCCAGGCAUGGGCAAGCAAGCAGCCGGGGCCCAAGUUGAGGUAGUAGAUCUUUCUCUCGCAGAAAAAGCCAUCGGACUAUUCCGCCAGGGUCCUCAGCAUGCUAUGGAAUACGAGAAGCUAUGGACUGCAAGCAAUGUCUCUGUACUCGUCCACUGGCUCAAACAAGGCGUCCAUACUGCAGAUGGCGCAACCAAGCCGAUCGUCAGGAGGCUCAUUGCGUCAGUUCUGCAGGGCGUCACCGCCCAGCUCGAUGGCGAGGAAGCACGCGAGCUUUCCAAGGCGCUCGGAGUAAAGGAGCUUCCUGAGAGGGAUAACCUAAACCAAGCUCUGGCCCAAUGGUCACAGAAUGCACACACCGAACUCCAGUCCGAGUUGGAUCAAGCAUUUACAGGUCGGAGAUGGAGGAAACUAGGCUGGUGGAAGCUGUUCUGGCGGGUGGAUGACGUUGCUAUGCUUACAAACGAAAUGCUCAGCCAACGCUUUCUCCCGACUGCAGAGCAGGAGAUUGUUUAUCUUACCGGCCGCAUUGCCGGCCCCAAGGGGGUGAAUCCAAAUUACGCACAGCCAAGAUCAUCCCAAGCCCUAGAACACAAGGCCACAAAGCUGGGUUCGGGCGAGGAAGCACCCAUCCCAACAGGCCUCCCAAGAUGGCCAGGCCAUAUCGCCUUCACCCGCCGCUAUCUACAGAACGAGAGUGUCCCCGCCCUACAAGCCCUAGCACAGAAGCUUGUUAUGCAGUCUCUAGGAACAUCUGGCAUCGCCACAUCCCUGGCAGCCACGUUCUAUCUCACGUCGUUUGUCUCGACUGCUUACGAGGCUGGCGCCGUAGCGGCAUUGGGCAUAGUAUACAGUCUGGGCAGGAUGCAGAAGAAAUGGGAGACCGCUCGUGGCUUCUGGGAAGGUGACGUUCGAGAGGAAGGUCGCAAGGCGGUGCGGGGAGCUGAAAAGAGCAUAGCAGAUGCCCUCAAUGGCGGCAAACCUGCUGAGGAUGCUGAACUCUCAACAAAAAUACAAAAGACUCGGGAACUCCUGGCCCAGGCGGAGGACGCGCUUGGGAGAAUGAGAUAA